CAUAUAACUCAAAGAAGAAGCAGCAGAAGAAGAAGCAGCAGAAGCAGAACAGAAGAAGAAGAAGGGAACCCAAACCUAAGCUAAGUGGAGCUGCCGUCGAACUCGCGGUUUUUUUAAAUUUGAAAACAAAAAACACACAACAAGCUGCUCUUGGCUAGCAGGUCGACUGUACACGGGGAGAGAGCAGCCGCACAUUACUGGCUCAGUGGUUACAUUGCAGUGAGCAGGGCAACUUCACCAGGCUGACAUGACGGGGAUCGCACCUCCGGAGAAGGCGCCCAGCCCCAAGAAGAAGAGCGAGAGGAAGUGUGCCACCAAAGAGGAGUACAGGCAGCUGUCCAGCAUCAUGGGCGUCAUGAACAACCUGAGGAAGCAGGGGACCCUCUGUGAUGUGAACCUGGUGGUUCAGGGGAAACACUUUCCUGCCCACAGAGUGGUGCUGGCUGCUGCAAGCCACUUCUUCAGCCUCAUGUUCACCACCAGAAUGAUGGAGUCGACGUCCCAUGAAGUGGAGCUCAGGAGUGCUGAGCCCGAGAUCAUCGAGCUGUUGAUUGAGUUUGUCUACACAGCUCGGAUCUCUGUGAAUAGCAGUAAUGUCCAAUCAUUGCUGGAUGCAGCCAACCAGUACCAGAUUGAGCCUGUGAAGAGCAUGUGUGUGGAGUUCCUCAAAGGACAGAUUGAUGCAACAAACUGCCUGGGUAUUUCAUCCCUUGCAGACUGUAUGGACUGUCCUGAGCUGAAAGCCGCAGCAGAGGACUUCUUCCAGCUCCACUUCACCGAAGUCUACAAACUGGAUGAGUUCCUGCAACUGGACGUCACAAAACUCACACAUGUACUGCACCAGGACAAACUCACUGUCCGCGCUGAGGCCCAGAUUUAUGACGCAGCAGUGCGCUGGCUGAAGUACGAUGUGUGUAACAGACAACAGUACAUGGUGGAGGUUUUGGGGUGUGUUCGCUUCCCCUUGGUCUCCAAAACCUUCCUAUCUAAGACGGUGCAGGGUGAGCCCCUCAUCCAGGAAAACCCUCAGUGUCUCAAGAUGGUCAUCAGUGGAAUGCGCUACCACCUGCUGUCCCUGGAGGAUCGGGAAGACCUGGGAGAGAGCAGCAGGCCGAGACGCAAGAAGCAUGACUACCGCAUCGCUCUGUUUGGAGGAUCCCAGCCACAGUCCUGCCGCUACUUCAACCCCAAGGACUCCAGCUGGACAGACAUCCGCUGCCCCUUUGAGAAGCGCAGGGAUGCCACAUCCGUAUUCUGGGACAAUGUGGUCUACAUCUUGGGUGGCUCCCAGCUCUUCCCCAUCAAGCGCAUGGACUGCUACAAUGUUCUGAAGGACAGCUGGUACUCGAAGCUGGGUCCACCCACACCACGCGACAGUCUGGCUGCCUGCGCCGCCCAGGGAAAGAUAUACACAUCCGGGGGGUCAGAAGUGGGUAGUUCAGCCUUGGACCUUUUCGAAUGUUACGACACAAGGACAGAGUCGUGGAAGGUGAAAACCAGCAUGCUGAUGGCCCGCUGCAGCCACGGCUCGGUGGAGGCUAACGGGCUCAUCUACGUCUGCGGAGGAACAGUGGGCAACAAUGUGUCUGGCAGGGUCCUGAACAACUGUGAGGUCUAUGACCCAAACACACAAAAAUGGAGGGAGUUGUGUGGGAUGAGAGAGGCCAGGAAGAACCACUGCCUGGUGGUGGUCAACAACAGGAUCUAUGCUGUUGGAGGGCAGGGGGCGAUAGGUGGACUUGACUCGGUGGAGUUCUACGACAUUGCCAGUAACGAGUGGCGUGCUGCCGCGGCGAUGCCGUGGCGAGGUGUGACAUUGAAGUGUGCAGCGGUCGCCGAUGUCAUCUAUGUGGUGGCAGGUUUCCAAGGUGUGGCAAGGCUUGGACACGUCCUGGAGUACCAUACUGACACUGACAGGUGGGUGACUUGCAGCAAGGUGCGUGCGUUUCCUGUCACCAGCUGCCUGAUCUGCGUGGUUGACACGUGUGGUGUCAACGAAGACGAAGACAUGGACCUGAUCGACUCUCAGGCGCACACUGCAGCCACUGCCCCUCCAUCUGCCUCAACCUCAACAUCCUCAUAGGAUGUGAGGAAGUUUAAACCAUUUCAAGCUGUGACAGUUGUGGCGGCCACUGCAUUAGGCCUCCAAUAGAAUAAGGAGCUGAUUUAUACGAGGCAAGGCCUGACUUUUCACGAAGAGUCAGUCUUACUUAGACCGCUCACACUAAACCGAAUAUUCACUUGUGUACUGUAGGUAGUUAACCGUAUGUCCGGUGGCCAAAGUUCUCUAUAAUUUUUUAUCUCUACCUGAAUUUCAGGACUAAAUGUUUAAGUUCCAUUGGGACACUAUCUACAAUUUUGUAGUUUUCACUGUACAGAGAAAUAAAUAAACACGACAAACAUUUUUUUCUCGGCCAUAUGUAGUUACUAGUAGAAACUAACUGAAUGUGGUCAUUUAAAAAACAUGGGUCUGAGGUUUUUUCUUAUAUAUUUUUUAAUAUAGAAAAAAAUGGCACAAAAUGUAUAAGUAUAAAGGCAUCUUUAAUAAAAUGGAAUAAAACUUC